CGAAGUUUUCCAUUUGUUUUUCGGUUUCGAAAAGUAUGUUUGGCAUUUUGGGGGAAUAAAAUUUAACAAAAAAUUGGGUUUGAUCACAAAAUUAUUGGGUUUUGGUAAGCGGGACCAUGGAGAACGUGCGGUUUGAGGAUGUCCAAACGACAAUGUCUUCUCCCCCGCCAGCGAUGAGGGUGAUCCAUAUGGACCUCAACGAGGAGGAGAGUCGUCGGCACAUGUCGGCCAAUAAGUAUGGAGGCAUCUGUUUCCACACAGCCAUAGCGGCCAUGCUCUGUAUAAUGCUGGUGGUGGUGUUCUGCUCGGCGCCCCUUGGUGACAGCCUGACCAAUCGCACCGCCGAGGAGCGAUAUGCCCGCCGAAGGCAGAGUUACGUGGAUAAGGAGCGACGCCUAAGGCUUGGCAGCGGGAUGGUCUUGAGUGCCCUGGAGGAGGAGGCCGACGGGCGACUGAUGGCCAUCAAGCUGGUGGACGAGGAGGUGCACAAUCUCUGGCAGAACUAUCACUCCCAACCACCGCCGUUCCUCAGGCAUCUCAACAUCAGCGAUACGAAUCUUUACGCGGUUUUGAAAAGCAUGCCCAAGGGCGGACUCCUCCACGUCCACGAUUCGGGAAUGCUGAGAACGGAGAUCCUCAUCGAUCUGACCUACCACGAAAACCUCUGGGUCUGCGUGAACUUGGAUCAGGGCUUUGAGGAUUUCCGAUUCUCACGGCUCUUUCCGCACAUCCCCCCGGUGGAGGACUACCAGUGCAACUGGAUGCUGAUGAGCAACUUCUUCGAGUUCGAGCCUCGGUCCGGAUUCGUGGACAGGUUGCGGGAGAGUCUCACCGUCCGGAAGGAGGGAUAUAACAGCUCCUCCGAGCUGGCCCGGCACCUGAGACGUUACCAGCGCCUAAUCCACGGAUUGAUCACGUUCCGGCCGAACUGGAGCGACUUCAUAUUCAGCAUGCUGAACGAUUUCUACGCCGACGGGGUUCAGUAUGUAGAGCUGCGUUCUUCGCUGCCAAUCAUGUACGACCUGGAUGGCAAUAACUCCACUAUUUUGGAAACGGCAGAGUCCAUAGUUUCGGUAUCGAAUAUUUUCAAGAACACUUUCAAAGAUUUCAUCGGAAUCAAGCUCAUCUAUGCACCUUCUAGGGACUUUAAUGACAGCCGUAUGGAAGAAUAUUUAGCCAAUGCUCGCCUGCUGAAGCUGCACUAUCCCAAUUUCUUUGCUGGCUUCGAUCUAAACACCUUUGGGGAUGAGUGCAAUUUGCCGCAUUUGGGCCAGUCAACUCAGCUUUUAAAGAUCGGCAAGGAUAUUGACUUUUAUUUUCAUGCGGGUGAGUCGCGAUGUCCGGACACUUUACGGACGGAUGCGAAUCUCAUAGAUGCCCUUUUGCUGGGCAGCAAACGGAUCGGAAACUCCGUGAAUCUGCCCUUUCAUCCGGAGAUUAUGAAGGCCAUGAAAAACCUUAAAAUGGCCGUGGAGAUCUGCCCAUUGUCCAAUCAUUAUCUGCAGUACUUUAACGAUUUCCGGCAACAUCCGGCGGCGUAUUUGAUUGCCGCUGGUUUUCCCAUUGUGAUUGGGUCGGAUUAUCCAUGUUUCUGGAACUCAGCCCCCCUGACCGACGAUUUCUAUGUGGCCUUCGUGGGCGUGGUCAGUGGGUGGGGCAAUCUGCGCCUGCUCAAGCAGUUCGCCAUGAAUUCGUUUCUGUACAGCUCCCUCAGCGAAACGGAGAGGAAUGUGGCCGUAACCAAGUGGCAAUGCAGAUGGAACCGGUGGGUCAGAAACUUCGUCAACGGCAGUGGAUACCAAUGAGGGAUGGUUGUUGAAUGGGAGAAUAUUCAUUGUUUUGGGGUAUCAAAAUUAAAUAAAACUAAAUUGAUUUUUUAUG